GACAGCUUGAUGAGCUCUGCAAGCGUUAGCCUGUGAACCAUCACAACCCAGAAUUGCGUGCUCCGGAGCCAUCAUCCCGCAAAGCUUGCUUCCUCCAGCUCUCCUAUUUAUUUCAUCGCCAUGUUGCACACCCCGGGCCAAGCUCUCCCUCCAAUAUUCUGUAUUACCUUCCACAGGCACCGUCUGAGCUGAGCUCGUGACUUUCCACCAGCUUCACCGCUUCCAACACGCCUCCCUCACGGCUCUGUCGAUCACCGCGGAAGCCCGCCCUAGAUGCGUCCAAGCUCGCGACGGAGCUCCUUUCCUACGCAAAUGGCCGCUUCCGCGAAAUUGACCCCCGUUGGUGACACCCACCGCGUCGAUGUCAAAGAUUAUGAUUCGUAUGCGUGGGUGCUGCUGGAGGAUCACCCGCUUCGGUCCUACCCUACGAAGUACCCGCCGGGACUGUUUAAUUUCCUCCGGAGGUGGUACGCCACGGUGAGAGGAUGGUGGUCCGAGCGUGGCUUGUCGUUGGUGUGUCUAUUCGUGAUGUUUCUGAUGGUCAUUCAGUUUCUUGCACAUCUACCAUAUGGAGUAUCCUAUCUGCUCGCAACAGACUUGAGCGACCAAGUGGGCCUCGCCCAAUGGCCUGCAGAGUUCGGCGGUCGUCCGAGUGCCUGCAUUUCCUAUGAACCACGAGUGCACUGGGAUGCCGUUGACCGCGCACUCAAUGCGGGUUGCGCUGGAAUCAAAGCCGAUGUCUGGGUACAGGGCGAUGAAGUCUUUGUGGGAGACUCUUCCUCAGUUCCCGGUCCAAACGAUACGCUCGACCAUGUUUAUCUCGAGCCCUUGAUGGCUAAGCUGGAUGCUAGGAACCCUGCAGUGGUGUCCUCAGUUUCGGAUAACAGCCCUAAACCCGUGGGACUGUUUGAUCAUGACUCAACACAGCCUUUCAUGCUAUUCCUGCGGCUUCAAUCCCAGAUGUCGACUGUAUGGCCGCAUCUUGUCCUGCGAAUGGCCUCACUAAGCCAGAAGGGCUAUCUUUCGUAUACCGAUGGGGUCCAGGUGAUUCCCAGGCCUGUCACGAUCGUGGUCACGGGAUUGACCUCGUCGGAGGUCGAUUUUGUGAAGGACAUUGGUCAUGAUGGUAUCAAUGGAAGCAUUCUCUUUGAGAAGUCACCUGAUUUAGAUGCGACUGGCAACAAUCCCGAGAAUGACAACUCCCGGGAGUCCGAGAACCCGUCAGGCAGUUUGCAGGAACCAUCCUCCGGACUUCCAUUCCAAAUGUUCAGCGUCACGAUCAAUUUCCGCGACUCAAUUGGUUCUCCCCGUGGAGGUCGCUUUUCAAUCCAGCAGAUCGAGCGGAUCAAGACUCAAGUCCAUAACGCACAUCAGCGAGGGCUUCGCAUCCGAUACGAGGCGAUUCCCUGCCUCCCCAGGAUGCUACGUCGAAUCGUCUGGCGCAUUUUGGUUCACGAGGGAGCCGAUUGUAUCGAGGUGGAUUGGACGCAAUGCGAAGGGGGAUGGUGGCGGUCGCUAUUUACGAUCGGACGCAGGGACGGGAGGAGCCAUGGAAAUAAAUAAACCCAACC